AUGUCUAGUUCAGAAACUGUUGAACAAUAUUUUACUCGUGUUAUAGACCUUGUCAAUAAGAUGAGAGUCUAUGGAGAAGAUAUGCUCGAUAGCAAAGUGGUGGAAAAAAUUCUUCGCACCAUGCCGAUGAAGUAUGACCAUGUGGUGACUACGAUACUAGAGUCCCAUGAUAUGGAUACUAUGACGAUUGCAGAGUUGCAAGGAACCAUGGAAAGCCACAUCAGUAGAAUACUGGAGAAGUCAGAAAAAUCAACCGAAGAAGCCCUGAAAAGCCGAGUGAAUUUCAACAACGUUGCAGAAUCAAGCCAUGGUGAAUCGAUCGUUCAUAUACCAUCUGACAUUUUGAUUAAGAACUCUGAGACAGCUUUGGAUGACCUCAUUGAUUUCGUGUAUCCAGAUAUGUUAUCCAAUUUAUCCGUUGAAAAUUAUUUCAAGGAUAGAGCAAUUCUUGCACCAACUUUGGAUUGUGUCACUGAUGUCAACAACAAGAUGACUGCAGGGUUACUUGGACAAGAAAGAGUCUACUUAAGUUCAGACUCUGUGUGUGCUGAAGAGGGAAAUAUGGAAUUUGAGUUAGAUGCUUUCUCGCCGGAGAUUUUAAAUGGAAUAAAUUGUUCAGGUCUACCACCACACAAGUUGGUUCUGAAGGUUGGCGCUCCUGUUAUGUUGCUGCGAAAUAUAGACAAAACUAAUGGUUUGUGCAAUGGAACGAGGAUGCAAGUUAGAAGAAUGAGAAAUCAUGUGUUAGAAUGCAAGACUUUAACUGGUAACAAAGCUGGAAGUAUUGUUCUUAUCCCAAGACUGAAUCUAAUUCCAAAUAAUGAAACAUUACCGGGACAAACUCUAUCGAAAGUUGGAAUUUACCUUCCAAUGUCAGUUUUCACCCAUGGUCAAUUGUAUGUUGCGUUAUCAAGGGUAACAAGUAAAGAUGGUCUGCGAGUGCUGUUGCAAGAUCAUGGACACUUGGAAGAUAACUGCACGAUGAAUGUGUUUGAGAAUAUUAGCUGGAAGUAUUGUUCUUAUCCAAUACUGAAUCUAAUUCCAAAUAAUGAAACAUUGCCAGUCAGGUAUCAAAGGAUAGUAUUGAAUUGUUAUUCAGUAGGUUUAAAUUAUUUAUUGUUUAUUACAAAACUUUCUGCAUUAGGAUUCUCUAUUAAUUUGUUCUUCAUUUUGAGCUGA